UUUUCACUUUCUUAAUUUUUUUUCUUCCAAUUUCCCUUUCAUUCUCCAAAGCACGGAUACACACGCUCCUUUUUUAUUCCUAUCCUAUCUUUAAUUUAAAAACUCUCUCCUAGAAACUUCUAGAAUAAACAAACGCUAACCCAUCUCUUUCUCAACCGCCGUUGCCGGUGGUUUCUUUCUCCUUUUCGGUUCAACGCACUCCAUCUCUUUCGAGCUUUUAGGGUGGUUUAGGCACAGAUCUGGAAACGGAGUUGAUGGCGACAUUACCGGUCGAGCAAACUGGUGAAUCUCCGACGACGGAAUUGCAGAGAUCCAUUCCGACGCCGUUUCUUACCAAAACGUAUCAACUUGUGGAUGAUCCUUCUGUUGAUGAUUUGAUUUCAUGGAACGAAGACGGGACAAGCUUCAUAGUUUGGUUACCUGCUGAAUUCGCAAGAGAUUUGCUACCGAAGUAUUUCAAACACAAUAACUUCUCCAGUUUUGUUCGUCAGCUUAACACAUAUGGAUUUCGGAAAGUUGUACCUGACCGUUGGGAAUUUGCCAACGACGGUUUCCGACGAGGCGAGAAAAAUCUACUCCGUGAUAUACAACGGAGGAAAAUAUUGUCGGCUGCCGGAACGCCGAUUGUGACGACGGUAGCCGCGGCAACUAAUGUUGUAACGGUAGCUAUGGCGGCACCGGUUAGAAUGGUGUCUCCAACAACUUCCGGUGAUGAACAGGUGGUUUCAUCGAACUCAUCUCCAAUUGUGGCGCACAAUAGUGCCACAGUGCACCGUAGCACAAGUUGCACCACUUCGCCUGAAUUAUUUGAAGAGAAUGAGAGGCUUAAGAAAGAGAAUACUCAACUGAGUAACGAGUUGAGUCAAUUGAAAAGUCUUUGUAAUAGUAUAUUAUCUAUGAUGAGUAAUUAUGCUUCUGGUUUUAGUCGACAGUUAGAAUCGUCUACUAGCGUUGCAACGGCACGGGCGGUGCUUGUAAAUGAAGGAGGCAAAGCUUUGGAUCUUUUGCCUACAAGGAAUGUUUCGUUAGCUGAGGAGGCUGUGGCUGUUAAUGUAGGUGGUGUUGCCGGUGGUGGUGGUGCAUCCUGUGAGACGCUGAAUUUGGCUGGUAAUGCCUGUGGUGCAUCAUGUGAGACGCAGAAUUUGGCUGAACCUGAGCAUGGGCAUGAGGCUCAAGUUCCUAAACUGUUUGGGGUGUCUAUUGGGCUUAAACGAUGUAGGAGAGAGUGUGAGGUUGAACCGGAGAGAGAGGAACGGGAGCAGCAUCAGCAUCAAAUGCCAAUGCAGAUGCAAACACAAUCCUCUCAGGAACAUGAUCGAGGAUCAGAUGUGAAAUCGGAACCGCAUGAUGGCAACGAUGACUCGGAUGAUCAAGAGCAUCGUUGGGAUUUUAUGAAUAAUUAAUGCAAAGGCAGUGUUUAGAAUUUGGAUAUAAAAAUUGCUUAAGUUUCAACAUGUUUGAACAUGACAAACACGUUACAGAGCAAUGGAUUGUUACAGUAACGUGUCGCUACCAUUAACGUUGUGCCGGUGCCAUUGGACAAGGACGUGGUUGGAAAUUGAAAUUCCAUGUUGUUUGUAUAUAUGGCUUGACUAGUUCCUUGUUGAGCAAAGAGUGUGAAAGCCAUACAAAGGAAAGUUAAUAUUGUCGACAUCAGUGGUUAAAGAAAAAUGAUCAGCACAUGCAAAUGGAUUUGCUAAAUCAACGGGAAGUUUGAUAAGUUUAAAGUAUUCACAAAGUUGUGUUUUUUGGACACGCUUCUGGAUAUUCAACGAUCAACACUGUUUGUGGUUGAUAAUUUGAUACAUUUACUAGGAUGUUUCCAACCUAUGGACCAAGUUUGUUCCUACAUUACAUAAUUAUUAUAGUAUUAUUUUGUUAGGAUAACGUGCUCAUUUUGAUAGUAUAUGUUUUGAAUUUGUUUAUUUAAAUGAUGGACUUUUGUCUAAAAUUAUUAAUAAACUAGUAUUAUUCUGAAGAGAAA